AAACUAUAUAAAAGCCCGGAAGAGUGAGGCGCAUCAGUUAGUUUCAAAUUCGUUAAAGAAAAAAGAGCCGAAUUUUUGCAAAAGGAAAGAAUUUAAAUCUUCGCGUACAAAAUGGCAACUGAUACAACGGAUACAACAUUGCAGUACAAUGAGGACGAACUUAUUCCUCCAGAUUUUCUCAAUCAGGAUUUUAUUCUGAAAGUUUUGCAACAAGAAGAAAGUGAUGAAGCUCUCAAAAUAAGACAUUUCAAAGUCAUCCCCGGAACUAAGCCUGGUGAUCAUUUUGCCAGUAUUAUGUUCAAGGCUAUUGUUUCUUAUACGACUAAAGGGAAGGAAGUUUCGGAGAGAUCUCUCGUUGUUAAAACAGCCCCCGUUUAUGAUGGUAUGAAGAAGGAUGCUCUCAAGGAUAUGCCAAUAUUUGAUAGAGAAACUAAGAUGUAUACGAAAGUCUUGCCCGAAAUGAAACGAAUUAUGGAAUCAAUUGGAGAUUAUGAAAAAAUUUCUCCGAGAAUAAUUUAUCACUGUGAUGUGCCUUCAAUUCUUAUUUUUGAGGAUAUUUCAAAAAUUGGAUAUCAAAUGCAUGAUGAUUUCUUUGACUUCAACAACACCAUUAAAAUUAUAAAGAAGUUAGCAAAGUUUCACGCGUUGUCUUUUUUCAUGAAUGAAAAUAAAGAAACAAAUAAUCUUUCUCUUCAAGACUACAAAGGAGUACUUAUUAAUGAAAAAUCUCUUGAUUCAAUGAAGCAAUUUUGUGAUGGACUAGAUGUCCUUAAAGACCACAUACGAAAUUGGCCAGGAUAUGAGGAAAUUUCGGAAAAACUCUCAAAGAUAGCUCCAUCAUUUAUGCAGGAUUUACUGCAAAUCUACAAACCCAAUCCUGAACCAGGGUUCAAUGUACUCUGUCAUGGAGAUUUUCACAUAAAGAACAUGAUGUACAUAAUGAAUGGGCAGGAUAUUGACGAAAUAUGCUUCUUGGACUUCCAAAUGUGUUUCUGGGCACCACCGUCGCUUGAUUUUAUCUACAUUUUGUACGAAACUGGAGAUCCAACCGUGAGGCGGAGAAAGGACGAAGUUCUAGCUAUCUACCAAGAAGAACUGAGCAACUAUCUCACACGAUUGGGGUGCCUGAGGAAGGGCCCUACUGUGCAGGAUCUCAAUUCGGACAUUCAGAAACUUGGCCAUGUGGAAAUUCUUCUGGGACUUUGCUUCCUGCCAAUGUUCUACAUGGAUCCUACAACUUUAGACAUGAAUGACUUGGCGGAUCCCAAUUUUUCAAAGGAAAAUUUCUUCGGUCGGUUUUAUAAGAAUCCCAAAUUUACGGAAAUUUUGAAAGAAGUCCUUAAUUCACUUUCAGAAAGAAAAGUUCUGGAUAAAAAUUAAAUUAAUAUAUUGUUUUAAAUAAAUGAUUUGAGAGAUUUAAAAAA